GCGCCAGGAGAGGAGGCAGGAGAGGAGACAGGAGAGGAGACAGGAGUCCACUUGCAGAACGCAGGAGCCUCUGCGAACAACUUUCUGAUGCAACUGCGCUUUUCCGUUUCUCUGCUUCAAAUGGUCAAGAGUUAAACCAGGAAGGAGGCGCAAAGAUGGAGCCGGACCCCGACGGUCCGUUUCAGCGGGUGGAGAGGACGCUGGUCUCAGUCUGGUGUUACAUAACCGAAGCUGUGACCAGAUUCCUGAGGCCACAACCAGCUGAAGGCUCCAACAAUGACCCAACGUCCUCAGAAGAACCUGGAGUCGACGGCGAGCCUGAAGACGGCAGCCAAAAAGACAAUGACGGCAGUGGGGUAGAAGUCGGCGAGGAAGCGUCUCUUUCGCUUGUUUCUCUUGUUAGCUUGUCCUCACCGGUUGUUGCCUGGGAGCGCAGCACUGCAGACAUCGACUUGAAGCCCACAGAAGAAGAUCAUGAGAACAAACAUGACCUAGUAGAAAAACCGCUCGGUCAAACAGGAAAUGACUUUGCACAGCAGCUAGUGACAGAAAGUGCAAAGGCACAUCAAGGCAGUCAAAAGAAAACUGAUAUCGAGAAAUGUGACACUCGUGAGGAAAGUGUGGCUCCUGAAAACGAUGGACAGCGUGCAACUGGUGGAUCUGGACAUGUCUGGGUAAAGGAGGGAGUGUUUGAGGACAUGGAUUCAAGAGAAAUAAGACUGCAUGAUCAUCUGAAAGUGGUGGAAACCUUGGCAGACAUCAAGGAAGAAGCUGAAGAAAACUCAGGGGAGGAAAGCAAUGAAAAGACAGGAGGUCAAAAGGUCAACAAAGGUUCUGCAGCGAUUCUAGGAGAUGCAAACAUUGGUGUAGAUGCAUCACAACUGACCUCUGGUAAUGAAAACUUCUCAGAUGAGAAAACUGAAGAUGUAGAAAAUCAGCUUAGACGUUUAUCAGAGGAUGAAAACGUUCAGAUGAGAGUCUUUGAAGAAACUGCAACAGCAGAAGAGUCAGAACAGGUCAAGAGCGAACGGACGACCGAAGAUAUUUCACCUCAGAGUGGCACAAGCAGCAAAGACGAGCAAAAAACAGAGCCGGCCACGACCGAGUUUACAAUUAGGGAAGAAGAAGUGCUGGUCACCAUGAUGCAAACUGCAGAGGAAGAUGUGACGGUGGAAGAAAUAUCAGCAGAUCUUGAUUAUGAGUUGGCAGUAGGCAAGAAUCUCUGUGCUGAAAAUGAAAACUCAGCUGAGCAAAAGCAACAAGUGGAAACGCUUGUCUGCAAAGAGUUGUCAGGUGUUGCAGAAGAUGAGAGAGUUGAGGAGGAAGAGGAUAAUAAGUCUGCAACACACAAAGAGUCAGCAGAGAGGAAGAGUAGCAGAGCAGACGAAGAUGUCCAACAAGAGGAAAAUGUUUUAACCCAAAGUGUCACAAGCAGCGAGGACGAUCAGGAACAAUUUAACCUCAAAGAAAACGACUCUGCAGAACCACUGAUUAAUGAAAACAUGACUGAACAUCAACUUGGACUAGAGAAAAAGUUGCACACAUCUGCAGAAACAGACGGAGUUGAAAACAAAGAAGACGUGGAGGAAGAGAGAGGUAAAGAAACUAAAGAAGACUUGAAAGAAGAAAGUGAGGUAAAACAACACAACACAAAGGAGCCGCGAGGAAAUCAGAGGGAAUGUGAGGCUGCAGCAGAGAUGCUAGGAGAUGCUAACAUCUGUGAAGACGCAUCACAGCAUCACAAAUCUGAAAAUGAAAACCCAGAAGAGAGAAUGCAACAAGUAGAAACUCUCCAUCUUGUCUGCAAAGAGUUGUCUAAUGUUGCAGUAAGUGAGAAGAUUGAGGAGGAAGAGUCUGCAACACACAAAGAGUCAGCAGAGAGGAAGAGUAGCAGAGCAGACGAAGAUGUCCAACAAGAGGAAAAUGUUUUAGCCCAAAGUGUCACAAGCAGCGAGGACAAUCAGGAACAAUUUAGCCUGAAAGAAAACGACUCUGCAGAACCACUGAUCAAUGAACAUGUGACUGAACAUCAACUUGGACUAGAGAAAAAGUUGCACGCAUCUGCAGAAACAGAAGUGAUUGAAAAUAAAGAAAAAAAUACAGCCAAUGAGGAAAAUUAUGAAGAGCUGGAAAAAAGAGGUGAUGGACAUGUUGGGGAAGAGUCUGUGAGCAGAAAGAGAGCAGACGAGGUGGAUGAAGGUGAAGAAGAGUUGGAGGAAGAGAGAAAUGAGAUCCAGACGGAUGACAGAGGAAACAAUGAAGAGUUUGAGGAAGAAAGUGAGGCAGAGCAGUUUACCGCUGAUGGAGAACAGAGGGAGGGUGAGAAUACAGCUGCAAACCAACAGACAACAGAAGAGUUAGAACAAGAUAAGAGCAGAAGGACAAAUGAAGAGGAAAAUGUUUCCACCCAAAGUGUCACAAGCAACGAGAUUGAUCAGAGGACAGAAGAGGGACAGUUCAGCCAAACAGGAAACGACUCUGGAGAUCAGCUGAUCACUGAAGACAUGCCAAUACGCCAACUUGAACUAGAAAAAACCGAGAUCCAAAACUUGCACACUUGUGAAGAAAUAGAAAGGGUUGAAAAUAAAGAAGACUUUUGGAAAGAGAGAGGUGAAAGACAGGAAGAUCAUCAAGAUGAAGACUUUGUCUUAAAACAACACGUAAAAGAAGAGAGAGAAGAGCAACAGGAAGGCGAGGCGGGUGCAGUGAUGCUAGGAGAUGCUAACAUCUGUGAAGAUGCAUCACAGCUGGAAUCUGAAAAUGAAAACUCAGCAGAGAGAAGAGAACAAGUGGAAACUCAACACCUUGUUUGCAAAGAGUCGUCUGGUGUGGUUGAGGAUGAGAGCGUUGAGGAGGAAGAGUCUGUCACAUGUGAAGAGACAGAGCAGGACAAGGGCAGCAGAGCAGUUGAAGAUGUCAGAGAAGAGGAAAAUAUUUCAACCCGAAGUGCCACAAGCAGUGAGGAUGAUCAAGACACAGGGGAAGAACAGUUUGACCAAACAGACCAUGAACUAUCCGUUGAUGAAGCCAAAGAAGACUUGGAGGAAGAGUGCAGUGAAGUCCAAGAAGAUGAUGAAGAGGAAAAUGAAAAAGACUUUGAGGAAAAGAGUGAGGCAUCUGGAAAUGACAAAGAGGAAGCAACUGUGGGAUCUGGACAUGUACAGUUAAAGGAGGGGGUGACAGACGGCACUGAAUCAAGUGAAGAAGAGGAGCAUGUGAGAUUGGAUGACCGUUGGACAGUGUUGGAAACCUUGGCGGACAUUGUGGAAGAGGAUGAAGAAGGAGCUGAAGAAGACUCUGAGGAGGAAAGCAAGAUGCAAGAAUGCACCCCAACACAGGAGGAAGAGGGCGGCAAUGAAAAGACAGAAGAAGAAAAGGACAAUAAAGCUUCUGCAGCAACGCUGGAAGAUGCAAACCUCAGUGAAGACGCGUCACAGCUGAACUUCUCAGAUGAAAAAUCUAAAGCAGAAACUCUUCUCCCUGUCUGCAAAGAUGAGCUAACCGAUAUUAUCAAUGUCCAGAUUACUGCUUUUGAAGAUGAAGAUCUAAAUCAGACAGCAGAUGAAGAGUUGGAAGAAGACAAGAGCAGAAGGACAACUGAAGAGGAAAAAUCUGAGUUUACAUUUAAAGAGGACGACGUCACCAGUGUGCAAACUGCCACAGUGGAAGAAAUUACCGUGGAGGAAACAUCAGAUGUUGAGGAGAGGCUUUCCGACAAAGAGCUCUGCAUGAAAAGCGUUUGCACAACCGCUCCAGUUACUGUAAAAGCUGGAGGCGAGUCUGAACGGGAAAUAAACAUUGGCUUCAGCGAUAUUCCCUCGGGGGUAAUUGAAGGCCAGGCUGGCGUGUCUCACGAGCUCAACACCAAGGCGUGCGAGGAAACUCCAGAGGCAGUUCCUGAACACAACAAUGAACUCGAGUCAGAUGAAAAUACCACACAAAGGUUCUUCGAGGGUGGAAAUUCGGAGGAAAUACAGCCCAUUCACUUACCAGAAGAGGUGGAGGUCUUUAAAAGCAGCGAAGCAGGAGGAGGUGAAUAUUUACUGAUAAGAGACGGUAGCACAGAGGAAAGCAAGAAGGAGUUGCAGGUUGGAUCGCUUCAAUUUGCAGAAGAUACAGAGAAGCCAACAAGCGACAACGUAAAUCUGGAAUUAGAUCAUUUUUCAGAGGAAGAAAAAGUCGACUUGCUGGAUACUAAAAUGAAAACAGAGAUCAAACAAUCAGAUGAAGAAUUUGAGACUGAACUGGAGGAUGAGGCCGAAACAGUUGAACGGAAAACAAACAGGCCGCCCCACGACGUCUGUGAGAAAAGAGACACUGUAGCAGCUGAUGAAGGAGUCGAUUCUGCAGAUGAAACUCCUGAAUCCCCCAAGAGUGAAGAAGGGAAGAUGACACAGACAAGUCUUGGUCCAGAACUUGUUCAAGCUUUUCGAUUGGAGGAUGACCUUGAGAUCAAACCUAAAUUAUUUGAUGAAAGUGCCAUUAAACUUCUGCAGCCGAGGUUUGACACUGAAGAACAAGAGUACGUUGACAAAGGUGAGCUAGAGCACGAAGUCCUGGAUUUAAAUGAGAUCACGACUCUUGACUUAGUGGGGACAGAAUCUGAUCUGAUCACAGGACAAUCAGCCUUAUCUCAACGUCAGACUCCGACAGAAACAGCUGUUGAAUCUAAAACGACCCUUGGUGAAAUUACAAAUGAUCUGCAACAAACGGAGAAACGCUCAGAAGAUCCAGCUGAAGAGCAUCAAGAUGGGAUCGAUGAAGAAAUCCUUGAUUUGUGGAUUGAGACAGUGAUGUCAACGGACACCGAUGGGAUGAAAGAAGACCAAGAUCAAGAGGAAACAGGCGAAACAUCGUCAGAGGAGAAGAAAGAGGGAGGAAUGGAGGCAAUUUCAGAAGAAACAGAAAGUUCCUUGACCACACUGGACUCUGGGUUUUUGGACCAGACCUUCAGUGAGACUCAGAUAAUUAAAUCACGAGACUCCGGAUUACUUCCAGACCAAAAUGACCAUUCAGAAAACAUCUGUGAAGUUUCUACGUCUAUCUCUGAAUCUGCAUUGAUCGAAGAAAUGGUUGAAACUCUUCAGCCUUACCCGACAGCAGAGGAAGGGUCCGGUGAGAUCGGAUCCUUCCCCGAUUCAGGAGUUUCGUCAGCAGAACCAAAACAUCCGAACCAGGAAGGAGGCACAGCUGAAGAGAAGCAAGAUGAAACUAAACCAGAGACAAAGGCAGUGAAUGGAGACGAUGAAGAAGCAGAUGUUACGUCACUGACAGAAGCAGCAGAGUCCGACAUCUCCAAUGAAAUGCAGCGCUCCCUUCUGGUAGAGGAGGAAAGUGGUUUGACUGAAUCGCCUUCUGGAGGUGAACCUCAGGAUGAACCUGAGGAAAGGAAUUUCUCCCUGAUUGCACCAGAGGAAAAAUCUUCAGAAGAUCUCAGCGAAUCAUUUCCAGCCCCAAGCAGGACUGAGCUGGAAGAAGAUUGGACUGAGGUUGAUGCCGCCAUGCUUGAUUUUGCAGUGCAAAAGUCUCGCAUUGCGGUGAAAAACCCUCGUGCUCGACCCCCAACAGACCCCCGCUCCUUAAUCCAUAAGCCGUCUGCGGCUCCAACUCCCUCCCUGCCGGUGCCUGGUAAAGUUCCUGUGGGUGUGCCUUUAGGCGGCCUGGGGAUUGGGAUCAAACUGCCUGGGAUUGGAGCAGGUUUUCCUAUUUUAAAGAAAACACAACGGCCCCCAAGACACGAAGAUGGCCCAGAAACACAAUCACAGGAAUCUGAGGAGAAAAAGAAAGAGGAAGAGGAAGAGAAGAGUGAUGCUGCCAAAAAGGAUGAAGCACCAAAGAGACCCAAAUGGAUGCCACCCGGGCAACCGGGAUUUGGAAAUCCACUCAUGUCUGAACUCAAAAGCAAGCUGAAGAAAACUCCCAAAGAGUGAAAACAAUAUUCUGAAUGCUUUCUGUGAAUAGUUCAACAUAUUAUAAAUAUUGCUCUGUUUUUGUCUUUUAUCAACCUAAAAGCAUUGAUGAGAUUUUCAUGCUACAUACGUUUUUUGGUAUUUAGCAUUUAUAAUAAAGCAAAACCAAACAUA